CAAAAAAGGCAAAGAUGUUCAUCAAGUGUCUACUUUUGCUACUGACACCCAGCUUCCUGUCUGCAGGACAUCUUCCUCGAGUGUAUCCCCGCAUAAUUGAUGGAAUAUACACCGACAUCAAAGAGGCUCCUUGGCAGGUAUCCUUGCAGCUUAAUGGAGAGCACCAAUGCGGUGGCUCCAUAUACGACAACAGGACCAUCAUCACUGCUGCUCACUGCUUUUUUUCGAAUGACAAUAAGGAAAUAGACACUCAUGCCUUCUCCGUUAGCGUUGGAUCCACAUCCAGAUUUAAUGGAACUGUCUAUGGUUUGGAGAAGAAAGUGCAUUAUCCAGGCUUCAAAGUAAAGGAAUUCUAUCGGAACGACAUUGCUGUCCUGCGAUUGAGCAAUCCUCUGGUAUUUGGCGACAAUGUACAACCAAUCUCCUUGGCCACAAAGGAACCUGUUGCCGGUACUAUUGCAGCUGCCACUGGAUGGGGGGUAGUUCACCUUACUUUUGACAUCUGGGGUAUAGGAAGCUUUUAUCCUGAAAAUCUUCUAGGAAUUCGCAAAAGGAUUCUUACUCUUGAAACCUGUCAGAAAUGGUAUUGGAAUAAUUUUGGAGAGGAUGUUCUUUGCACUGAUCCUGGAGUCUGUAAUGGAGAUUCCGGAGGACCCUUGGUAGUUAACCGAGAACUCGUGGGUGUUAUGUCAGGAAUGCAGUAUUUACAUUGCAAUGGUCCCGCAUUUUUUGCAAAUGUCUUCCAUCUUCGGGGUUGGAUCCUAAGCGCUAUUAAGGCUUUAAAUAGUUACAAUUGACUGGCUUAGGCUCAAUCAACACUAAAUAAAGCACACUUACUUGAACAUUAAGCAUUUAUAUAUUUUGUAAAAGUAAAGAUACUUUCUUUUAACUUUUCUUUUACAUUUUAAUUUACUUUGUCAACUUCUUAAACAAAAUAAAUGUAACUUAAAGAGCUUAAUCCUUCA